CGCGACUGGGCGCUGCGCUCGCCCUCGCUCAGUCAGCGGCCAGGAACCGACGCCGCUGUGCCACGAGCGCCUCUCCGCAAAAUCCUCUAGCCUCAAUCCGAGUCACCUCAGGCUUCGCGAAUCUUCCUCGAACACGGCAGGUCAGGUCAGGUCAGCUGGUCCUUCUUCGCUUGCACCCACCCAUCGGCAUCUCGACUCUUAACUCCAUCGCCAACCUCCGCGUCCUGACGCCCGUCCUUCCACGUGCUGCCCUGCACGCCCUGUCACGGCCGAUCGCACCGCCUCUUUCGGCCGGUCCGGGCAGCGCCUCCGACUGGACGACCGCCAAUGGCUUCAUCCAGUCCUGUGGCGGUCUCUGCUCCAGGUAAAGUGCUGCUGGCCGGCGGAUAUCUGGUGCUCGACAGAGCCCACACCGGUCUCGUCUUCGGCCUCGAUGCUCGCAUCCACGUCUUGAUCGAAGACAUCCCUACGAGCAAAGGCAUUGUUCUCAACGAGAUCAUCGUCAAGUCGCCGCAGUUUCUCGACGCCAUCUGGGAGUAUGGCUACCGCUUGACCGAGAGAGAUGGCGGCGUGCAGGUCGUCCCAUUGAGAGUAGACGCAGAUCUGAACCUGAAUCGCAACCCAUUCAUUGAAACGACCAUUGCCUAUGCGCUGAGCUACAUUACAAGCAUAAGCCAUCCGACAAUAUCUCCAGCAUCCAUCACCAUCCUCGCUGACAAUGACUACUACUCGACACCAGCAUCCAUCUCGAGUGACAACAAUGGGACAAGACCACGCUUCCACAACUUUGCGCUGCCCAUUUCGAAGGCCCCAAAGACUGGACUUGGCUCAUCCGCUGCUCUGGUCACUUCCGUGACAGCAGCCUUGCUCACUCACUACCUCCCACGCUCCAAAUUCGAUGUUGCCCUGGACUCUGGCAAAAGACGCCUGCACAACCUCGCCCAAGCAGCUCACUGCGCAGCACAAGGCAAGGUAGGGUCCGGCUUCGAUGUUGCCUCCGCCGUCUAUGGCACAAUGGUCUAUCGUCGAUUCUCCCCGGCCAUACUUGCAUCACAUGCAAAUCCAGGCACACCAAAAUUUGGCGCUGAGAUCAAAGACAUUGUGGACGAAACCUUCCAUGGCCUCGAAUGGGACACCGAGAUUCUCAAAGACCAAGUACGUGUGCCAAAGGGGCUGAGACUCGUCAUGUGUGAUGUCUCGUGCGGGUCCAAAACGCCAGGCAUGGUGAAGCAAGUCCUCGCAUGGCGCGCUGAGAAGCAGCAAGAAGCCAAUGCCAUUUGGAAAGAUCUGGACGAGGCGAAUCUAGCUCUUGCUUCUGAGCUCCGAGAAGUCGCAACUUCUGGAACCGCAGACUACUCGAAACUGCGCGAGAAGUUCACCCGCAUACGACAGCUGAUCCGGCUCAUGUCUGAAAAAAGCGGCGUACCCAUUGAACCUCCUGCUCAGACCGAACUGCUAGACGCCUGCGAGAAAGUGCCUGGCGUGAUCGGAGGUGUGGUUCCUGGAGCCGGUGGCUACGAUGCCAUCUCUCUUCUGAUUGAGGACAAAGCCGAGACUGUCCAAGCUCUAGAGAAGCUCUUCGAUGGAUGGGACUUUAAGGGCGAAGGUGAAGGCGGCGGCAAAGUAAGCAUGUUGGGCGUGAGAGAAGAAAUGGAAGGCGUACGCCUCGAGGAUCCUAAAAGUUACUUUAGCGCUCUCAAAGAGCUGUAGAAAGUUCUAUACCACAAA